UUUACGCCAUAUCUCCGGAUGCUUGCAGCCAGGUUGGAGUCGACCCACGUCUCUGACGGCUUCUGCGCCCCCCAGUUUGAGCUCCCAGAGCCCCUGACAGGGAAAAUCUGGACACUGGAUGACUUCGAGGCCAGCCCUGCUUUGCUGGUUAUGUUCAUAUGCAAUCACUGUCCGUUUGUAAAACAUCUGAAAAGUGAUAUUGUUAAGCUCACUUCAUUUUACAUCGAGAAAGGACUUGCUUCUAUCGCCAUAUCCUCAAAUUCAAUUGUCACAUAUCCCAAGGAUGGUCCCGAGUACAUGGCUGAGGAGGCAAAAUUGUUUAAGUACUCUUUUCCUUAUUUGUAUGAUGAGUCCCAAGAAGUUGCUAAGGCUUUUCGAGCAGUUUGCACACCAGAGUUCUACUUGUUCAAAAAGGAUGAGCAAAGGAAAUUUGAACUUUUUUACCACGGGCAGUUUGAUGAUUCAAGACCCAGUAACAAUGUGCCAGUCACUGGAAGGGAUUUAAGCCGUGCAAUCGACUGUGUACUUAGUGGCCAAGAAUUGCCUUUCUACCAAAAACGAAGUGUCGAGUGCAGCAUCAAGUGGCACAAGUGAACUCAAACCAGUAAUAUCAUCAGCAAUUGGACAAGAAGCUGAGCAACUGAGCAAGCAGUACUUCCGUGCAAACUUUCUCAGCUCAUCGUGUUAAAAUUUGCAAUAGACUUAGCUAGUGUACUUUUUUUGUACAAUGAAUGAAAGAAAUUUGUCCAUCUUAUUCUAUUAA